CCUUUGCUCCCUGGCCCGACCACCGUCAUGACCUAUGACUUGUGCCUCAUCUUCCCGGCCCUGGCCAAGGCUGUCAUUUACGUGUCGGACAUUCAGGAGCUGUACGUCCGUGUGGUUGACAAGGACCUCGUUCAGGUGAAGGUGCUGCUGCUUGGGGCCGUGAGGAUCCGCACCCCCAUCAUGCAGAUGAGGAUGGGCACCCAGCUGGGGAAGAAUUGGGUACAUCUCCCACUGCUUGAAGGAGGCAGCACAGCUUCUGGGGGCAUUCCCAGUGCUGGCACCCCACUGGUCACCAGGCCUGACUUCUCCCCACUGAUGUCCAUCUAUAUCACCUGGAUCACCAACCACCAGAACCCUUUCUCGUUUGGCAAUGCCAUGCCAGGCCUGACCUUCCACUGGUCUGUCACCAAGCGGGACAUCCUGGAUCUCCAAGGGCAGCAUCACAAGGGUCUUGCUGUGUUGCCCAGGCUGGAGCAUAGUGGAGUGAUCACAGCUCAUUGCACCCUUGAACUCCUGGUCUUAAGCAAUCCUCCCAGCUCAGCCUCCUGAAUAGCUGGGACUACAGGUUCAUGCCAUCACACUUGGCUAUUCUUUAAAUUUUUUGUAGAGAUGGGAUCUCGCUAUUUUGCCUCAUGCUGAUCUCAAACUCCUGGCCUCAAGUGAUCCUCCCAUCUCAGCCUCCCAAAGUGUUAGGAUUACAGGUGUGAACCACUGCAUCUGACCUCUACCUAUUGUUAGUCAUUUGUGUCUUUCCUCUUUAUAUCUACAUCAGUUUUUACCAUAGAGUUGUCUAUAUUACUCAUCCUUUUCAAAGAAAGUUUUUUAUUUGAUUGAUCAAAUUCACUUUUGCUUUCUAAUUCACAAAUGUAUACGUUUACCUUUGUUAGUUCCUUUGUUUUAUUUUCUUGGAGUCAUUUUGCAUUUUUUCCUAUUCCUUGAAUAUUCAACUUAUCUCCUGUUUCCUUUUAUAAAAUAAACAUUAACUC